UAAGUCAUGCAUGGGGCAUUCCCAAUACUCAAUAUACAUCGGGUCAGUGAAGCAUUAUGUGUUUGUAUUUUGUUAUGGACGUACAGUUAACAUCAAAUAUUGAAAGAUGAAGUUAUUCCGUUUCAGAUUUAUAAUUUUAGGGCUAUUAUUAUGUAUAUUUCAUGUUUGGUGUCGGACUUGUGGAACCUUUUUCACUGAUCCUGCUUCAAGUACAUACUUAGCAAAUAUUGUGAUAGAGGGGAUAGUAACUCAAAAGUUGCCCGUGGGGCAGGAUUUUUAUAGAGUGGUGGUGAAAGUGACGAAAGUAAGAAAAGGUGACAAUUUAUUACCAAAAGGAAAAAGAACAAGAACUUUAGUAAUUGGAGAGUUCAGUGAUACUGUGAAUUAUGAAAGCUGUAUACCAAAUAUCACAUCCACACGUGGAACUGGACAAAAAUAUUUCUUCUUUUUAAAAAAUUCAUCAAGUGAUCAUUUUGUUAAUUCAGCAUUCCCAGUUUUAGUUACCAAAAAAACUUCAAGAGCUGUACGAAAAUCAGCAUGCCGAAAAUGUGAUAAAGCUCCUUCAUUAAAAACAAUAAAAGUGAACAAGAAAAGAUUUGUUGAAGGCAGAAAAUUUCAGUUAUCAUGUCGGAUACGAUCAGCACGUCCCCCACCAGAAAUGUUAUGGGAGAAAAAUGGCAAAGUUAUAAAAGCUAGUAAAAAAGGCUUUUCUAUUAAAAAAACAAAACGUGGUAUUGUUCUUCGGAAGAGGAAAGCCACACUAGCAGACAGUGGAACAUAUGUGUGUGAAUCAAAAAAUGUGGUUGGCAAAACCAGACAGGAAGUCAAAAUUGAAGUCAAGAAAAAACCUACAAAGCCUCCUAAGAAUAAAAACCCUAAGAAAACUACAACACAAAAACCAGCCAUUGAAAUAAAUGAGGUGACACCAACAUUAUUUUAUAAAUGUCCACCAAAACAUGAUGGCAGAUGUUUUAACGGAGGUACAUGCGAAAUCAUUGCAGAUUUAGGGAUACCAAGAUGCCGGAAUUCUAUUGAGAGAGGAGAUUCGUUAGAAAAUAUAACCAAAAACUGUUGCGUCUGCCCGGAUACGCACACAGGUGAGAGAUGUGAGCAGAGGAGGCUACCAAAGAACAUUCCAGCAAUAGAGGACUGGGACCAGAAAGCUUUGGAGAACGAUCGCAGAUUAACUAUAAUUGGUAUUGUUAUUGGUAUCUUAGUCUUUGUUUGUAUCUGCAUCGCUUCAUAUCUACUUGCCAAGAGAAGAAGAAAUAGAUUCUUCCGAAGGCAGGCGGAAAAGAGGCAGCAAAAUAAUCAAACUAAAAACAUUCCACCUUCGUACAGCAAACUACCUAGUCUAGAUGAAGUCUCAGAGAUUUCAAAGUUCAAACUGUAUGAACGUGUAACCAUGAAUCACAGGGAGACCCAGACGGAUGAAACAAGUUUUGUCACUCCCAACCCACAUACAAACUUGAAUCUGUAUCUCAAUCCAAUGGAUAAUGAGGAUUUUAUAAGGAAUGCAGGUCCAAGACGUAAUUCUCGUUCAAGGUUGUCAGGUAUAUCAGAUGGUCGAAGAAGUCAGCCUUUAAAUGGCUCUGAAAACCAUGAAAAUCGGAAUAGUUCUAAUAAUAAUAUGACAAGCAUUGAACCAGUUAUAAAAAAUGAGAAGGAAUUAAUGGCAUAUAAAAAACCAAAGGUCCCUAAAUUUAGUGAAGGUGAUUUAAGUAGUGAUGAAGAACAAAUUAAAAAUUCAUUGCCAUCCCUUCACAUCAGUGAAGAGGACCAAUCAAGUGCACCUUUAGUGAGGAAGUCUAACCAAUCAAGUGUUCCUUCUAUGGAGUUAUCUCCAGACUCUUCUCCCAAGAGAGACAGUUCUGUUGGAGUUCACAAUCCUGUGGUUGUUUACACUCCUACAAGUAACAGUGAAGAUAACUCUGAAAUCUCUUCAUCAAGUGAGUGUUCAUCAUGGAGUAAAGAGGAACUCCGACAUUUGAAUAAAAGUAGAAAUUCAGAAUCUAACAUUCAUAAUGAUAGUAAUUAUUCAUGGAAUGAGAGAGGUUCACCUGAACUGGUCAGAAAGACAAAUCGCCGUAGAAGUUCAAAUGAUUUGAGAAAGAAUUCAAUUACUAAUCAGAAUGAAAUGUAUUCUCAUUUAGCCACCAGUGGUGCCAAUUUUCACAUCUAUGAUCUACGCGAUGACGACAUACCUAAUUCAAUACCAGUGUGAUUCUUGGACAUUUUAUUUCGUAGGGCACAACAAAACAACAGUAUUUAAAUAUUCUUAAAUUCCAAGCAAUGUAUCAAAAAUUCAUAAAGACAUAGUACUUAAGCAUGUUUAGUAUUACAAAUACUAUUAUUAUGGCCAAUUUUAUCAGGGUUAUGAUUUCAUUUGUACAUUUCAUUUAUUGUUCUUUGAAUUUUAAUAUCUCCAAUAUUCUUUGUAUAACUCAAUCAGUUAAACUUGAAGUUUUUUUUUUUUAAUUUGACAACUUUAUUUUGUUAUAACUUUAGUUAUAAAAUUGUGUGUAAAAAUUUGAUGUAAAAAAAUAGUUGUACACAACUGUGUUUUGUAUGAAAAUCCUGUCUCACUACCAAAAUCAGUUACUAUUCUCAAAAAUGUUGAAUAGGUAAGAAACUCAAGAUUCCUUUUUGAUCAUUUUACAAAAGCUAUGAAUUUGAGUGAUGUAAGAAUGAAGAAUAUAUGGAAGUCAACUCUUAGGGACCAAAUAUUAGUUUUAAUAUUUCAUUGUUGUUAUGUUUCACAAUAUAGAAAGAGUUUCUUUCAAGUGUAUUUAUGAAUGACUUUUGAUUUUAAUAUUAGAACAAAAAAUGUUUGUUCUUUUUAAUAAGUUUAUGUUUGCUUUUUUCCGACCUAUAUCUUAAUCAUAGAAAGUGUUCAUUUAAAAAUACAUACAGGGUUCAUUCAUUACAGUAAUUAUAUCUUGCAGUUACUAAGCCACACCAAUUUAAUAUUAAUUUCAAAAACCAAUUGUUAAGUCAAAAUCUAUGUUUUUAAUAAACUUUUCUUCUGAAUCACCUGUAUUUAUAAAAAAAAACAACACAAAAAGUGUGCUCUUCCAAUUUUUGAAAUAAAAAUCCAUAACUUUGGCCAGUCAGGAUGCAAAAUGAUUUUUGGAUUCAAAAAGUUACUACUCAAUCAAUCGUAUUUAUUCUGAAAUAAAAAAUAAAAGAACAAAAAAUUGCUUUGACUUUGUCUGAUUAUUUUAUUCUACAACAAAUCUUAGGUAGUCUACAAUUUUUUUUCCCUAUUAGGACGGGAUUAUAGUGACCAAUGGUCACUCAUAGUUAUUUUAGAUUUUGUGCUUUACAAUAAUUUUAAGUUAUUCCCCUUUGAAAGCCAUAUUUUAUUUUAUUUUUAAAACUAUUUUAAUGGAUAUCAAUUGUUAUCAUGUUUGUUUCUUUAAGAUUAUUGUGUUUUAAUUGUAAUAAAAAUAAAGCUGAACAAAUACACUGUACUUGUAUACUUGCAAUAUUUGUUUACUUGUUUGUUAUCAAAGUACCGGUAAUGUAUUUACAUGCAAUGUGACAUUUGUAUAACAUUUAGAUAUCACAUAUUUUUACUUUGCGAAACACUUUAGAAAUUAUAUUUGUAGAAUGUACUACAGUGACUUUUACUAGAAAAUAUUGUCCAUUUUAUUGAAUGGAUAUUUUAAGGAACUUUUAUGGUCUUAAAAAAAAGCACCAUUUAUGUAAUCUACUUGUAAUUUUAAAAGUACAUUUGUUAAGGUUUUCAACAAAAGCAUUUUCAGUGAUCAUACAGGAGAUAUUAUACUUAUUUCUCCAGAAAUCCAUCAAAAUCUCAUUAAUUUCAAAAUGAAAUAUUUUAUUAUUUCAUUUUUUCAUUAAAAUUGUGUGAGCAUGACUUUUUCAAAAAGCAUUCAUAAACAUUAAUAACUACAUUUAGUUAAUUGCAGUACUUAAUUGACUUAUAAUAUGAUACUAGUGAAAGCUAAAUGGAUUUUUGCUACUUUUGAUUUUUUUUAUACCAAAUUUAGAAAAACAAAUGCUUUAAAAAAGAACAAAGUGUUAGAAUUCUGUCCCAAUAUAAAGUUCAGAAAAAAAUAUAAUUUUGUUUGCGACUUGUAAUUAAAAUCUAGUGCUUUUUAUAUAUAAAAAUCCAACCAUCCUCAUGAGAAAAUAUUCAGUUUUUUUUAUUAUAUAGAGCUACUUUUCAAACUUGAAUAAAGAAAAGAAAACUAAACAUUUCCACCCUGCAUUCGGUAUUUUGUUAGCAAAAAGAAAUUAAGAAUAAGAUAUAAAUUUUGCUAGGCCUCCUUAUAGUUUUUUCUGCUGGAAGUGUUCUUCAUUUAAUAUUUGUUUUUACUCUAGAGGAUUAAUGAAUAUUGAUUUUAUAUAAUAUACAUAUUUACUGUCACUUUGUGGAAUUAUGAAUUAUUGAAAAGAGUAUAUUUGAUAGCAGAGAAUGUCUGCAAUUGUUAUUUAAUAAAUAUUUGAUACGAAAUUAACAUUAGAUAUUCUCACAAGGUCAUAUGAAAGGUUGUGGGGAGCCACUUACUAUGUAAUGUGUGUUAGGGAAGAGUCGCUGAAAUAGGUCACUAUUCAAAUCUUCAUGAAUAUAUGAUGAGGUCAAGAAAUUAAGAUGAAAUAUACGACAAGGUUACUGAUUGAGUGAUAAUUAACUAUCUGAAACUGUAGUUCAAAUGCAAUCAGCAGAGAAAAAAACCCUCAGUCUUUAAUGCAUCAGAAAGUUGUCAAAUCUUAAUUAACUCUUGAAAUAGUAUGAUCUUCAUAGCUGAAGGUAUAUUGCUUGUCAACAAUACAACAUUUAUGUUAGAGUGUAUCUUUUUGUUAUAAAAAAAGCAUGGAAGGGUUGGGUACUGGAUUUAUCUAUAAUUUGUACAUUUUCACUUUGAUCUUACUGCCAUAUAUGUAAAAGAUCAUGGACUAGAUACUUGAAAAUAUUGGGCAAUGAUGUUAGUAUCAAUGCAGCAACAUCACACUCAAGUUUAUCCCCUAAGGCUUGCUUGAUGUUAAAAACGAAAUUAUCUUUAUUCUAUAUGUCUCAGAUGUUCACCCUAUCACAGUCUGCUCUCCCUUUUUGAUUAUACAAGUGUUUAAAAGAUUUAGUUUGUUUGUUUUUGUCUGAUGAUGCUUGCAUUUUAACAAUAUGAUAGUGAUCAGUUUUAUUGGUCAUGGUAACAUUAAAAAAAAAUCACACUGGAUCUAAUCUGAUUGGAUACACCAAGAUCUGGGUCCAUCAAGUAUAUAACUCCAUUUCCAUGUGACUUGAAAAUAUCUUAAAAAAAAAAUACCAGUUGACAAAAAUGGCCAAAUAUAGCUCUGGCUAGCUUUAUUAAAAAGGAUAUGUUUUUAAUUGACUUUUAAAACAUCUUUUUAUUUCUAAUCGUUUUAAGCCAUUGUAGCAUAUUAUAUAUCAACAAAAUUUCUAGUCAGACUCAAGAUUGAAACCAUUCGUGAAUAUAAACCCAUAUCUCCAUUUUAGUUAACAGUGCUUUGUUCAUGAUUUUCAUCCUCAUAUUGUUCAUGGAUUUAAUCUAGAUGUUAGUUAUAUGUGAACUGUUAUAUUUUCAUUCUUUUUUAUUGUAUAUAAUCUUGACAUUCCUUUUCUUAUUUGUAUAUAUUAGAUUCCUAUUUAUUAAAACUCUUAUAUGAUAGAUAAAUCAUGCUUGAAGAAGCUUAAUAAUGCAUUUUAUAGUUGUACAAGAUUAUGUGAUCAUAUUAAUUUAUUUUGUUAAUUGUCAGGUUCAAGCAAGUUGUUGUUUAAAAAGUAUAUGCUAUGCAACAAUUUAUCUCUAUUACUGAAUGUGAUAUUUUGGAGAGAACACAAAAGUCUGUUUUUGUUACGUCAGUUACAGAUGGAAGUAUUGAAGGAAAUUAAAAUAUUUAAAAUAA